AUGGUAGUAGCCUACAAUAAUAAUAAUAAUGAGAUGGAACGUCUCGUCAGGUCCAAGUGUACCGUUUCGUUCGAGACCAGCUCGCAACAACACAGCAAGGCAUCAACAACAACACAGGCCACAAAUGAUGAUGAUGCCUACACAAAUAAUUCAAUGAUGCACAUGGAUGAAUCCGGUGCCACUCCAGGGACAUGUGCUACUACUACUACUGGAGACAUUGUAAGCGGAUCUCUAGUAGCAGCGGAGCAUAUCCACCACAGCAAUAUUGCAACAACAACAACAGAGGAAGAAUGCACCGACGACUUGACUGCAGAGCCCCCUCGAAAACCCGACAACAAGGAUGCUGCUGGAUUGCAUGGGUCGCAAGAGGCAUAUGGGAUAUCCAGUAGUAGUCCUUCUGAAGCUCCCACAUCCCUGGAAGGAAGAAUACUCUCACUGUUCCCCAAAGAAAGCGUUGAACCCAUUCUGGAAGAACCAGACUCUGCACAAGCUAAAGCCUUUGCAUGGUUGUUGGAAGAUAUGAAUCACAAUCAUCUACCUACAGAAGACCGAAUCCGACAAAGGUUUGCUCUGGCAACCCUCUACUUUUCCAGUUCUGGAGACUUGUGGACAUCCAAUCAGUACUGGCUAGACCACAGGGUGCAUGGGCGUGACUGGUACAACAACAGAGACUUUGCUGCCAAGAAUUCAAUCUCAACCAUCUACCCUGGAUUCCUGAAAGAAUUUCACCCUCCCACAGACCCACCACCCACAAGGUGCAAUGCUGAGAGUAAAUACCUGAACCUUUGGCUGGACCAGAACAAUUUAGUGGGAUCUCUGCCACUGGAACUAUAUCUGCUGACACCCCUUGUGACCAUGUCAUUUGGCUACAACAAGCUGCAAGGAUCGAUUGCAAGUCAUGUUGGAUAUCUCACUUCUUUGGAGGGGCUGUCGGUAAAGAGAAAUACCAAUGGUGGCAAGAUUCCUACAGAAUUGGGAUUGUUGACAAACUUGCGAGCUCUGAUGCUUGCAGGCAAUGAUCAUGAAGGUACCCUCCCUACAGAACUGCUUCAGCUGACCAACAUGAUGACACUACUCAUUAUGAACAAUCCUCGAUUGCAUGGCACUGUUUCAUCCGAGCUUGGACUGUUUCAACGCUUGAGGUGGAUUGUAUUUGACAAUUGCAAUUUGACAGGCACCAUCCCUCAGGAACUUGGGCAGAUAGAAUCCCUUGAGUGGCUUGUGCUCGUCAGCAACAAGCUGACAGGGACCAUUCCGCCACUAGACCAUCUUUCAAACCUUCUGUUCCUGUCAGCAUGGUCAAAUUACUUGACUGGGUCAGUUCCUAGCAAUCUUGGAGACUUGACAUCACUCACAGCAAUGAAGCUUGAAAACAAUCAACUAUCAGGGUACCUCCCAAGUGAGUUAGGCCAGCUGACAGACUUAAAUCUAACACUGGAAUUGCAGAAUAAUCUGCUCUCCGGAACUAUCCCAACAGAACUGGGACUCCUAAGAGCACUGAAAGAGGUAUCUUUGCAUGGCAUGAACUUGACAGGCUCAAUUCCUUCAGAACUUGGCUUGGCUACAUCCCUAUGA